UAAGCAUCAGGGCUCCGAUUUUGGUAAUCAUUCAAUAAGAGACCGUCCCGCAAGUCUGUGUCUUCAGUGUUAUUAUUUAGAAACAGUAACAACGACAAGAUGUAUAAGAUCGCCGUCCUCCUCAUCGCUUUCCACAUUUGCUGCGCAAUGGCCUACCCUCCCUGCGUGUGUACGCGGGAAAUGCGUCCGGUCUGCGGCUCCAACGGCGAGACCUACCACAACAACUGCUUGUUCGAGUGCGCUGCAACCUCCAUCCCGUCCCUGAGGGUGAUCCAUAGAGGAAUGUGCGAGCACUUCGAAGAGUGAGUUGUACGCUACGGCUAAGAAACCUGAGAAAAGCUACAUCGCAGAAUGAACAUUAAAAAUCAAGAAAAUGA